GCCAAGCUGUUGAUCUAAAUAUAGGUUGACCCGAAGGUGCACGGUGUCAUUUAGGCCAUCCCGAAUCUUCAUUUUUCACUCACUGUAACAUACAUUUACCCGGUACCCAACGGCCACCUUCAAGGGACCUAAGCCAAGCCCAAAUCCACGCAAUGUAGUACCCAAAGAGAAAACUUUGAGCACACCUGAACUCUGACUACCAGUAGGGAUGCUCCUACAGCGCUGCUCCAGGCCGGCCUAGCCUUGCCCGUAGGUACCUUAUAUCAAGCCCUGAACAUUCCGCUCCCUUCCCGCCGGAUUCAUGACUAGACCAUCCUGUGGACUGUGCUUCGACGGCUUUCUAGGUAAUAUUGUGGCUUUCGAUUUGUGGCUCGUUUUCCAUCCUCUCGUUUUCAUGGCACGAAAUUGUUAAAAGAACAUCCGCUCUCAUUUCCACAACGACACCUACUGGCAACAACAUGCCAUGGCCUCGUUGCCAAACACCUCAACGACUGGAAACAACGAACAGACAGCAACAACAAGAACCGCAAGCGCAACAGAACCUCAACAGCCUAACACUCCUACACCCGUCUCCACAGUGUCAACGACCAAUCCAUCAAGCAACACGAUGGCCGAGACGAAGAACGAGCAGCUCCCUUCAACGUCACCAAUAUCAAACAACAACAAAUCCCUGACAUCCAACCCACCCCUGACAUUCCAUCGACAUGAAACCCACAGCAAGAGAAUAUACUACACCUCAGCCCACCAAACCAGCCUCCGCAACAGCCUCCUAAGUCUUGUCGGAUUCCUCGAGCUCGCCAAUGCAUGCGACUUUGCAGCCAACGUCUUCAACACCAUCCCUGUCCCAACCUUCGCCGCAGCCCUAAUGGGCAUAGGAGGCUGCGUCGCGCUCUUUUUUGCUGGUGUCGCCAUCCAAGACGCCAGACUAAGUUGGCGGAACAUUUGUCUUCUCCGCCACGAACGGCGCAUACUUCUCGACCUGUCGCACCACACAUCCACCUCAAAACUUGACGGUGAAAAGGCAAGCGUCCCCAAAACCGCACUAAAAGUCUACAAAGAUGUCAACCAAUUCGAACUCCUCACCGAGAUCAUCGACCGCUUCCUAAUGGAUGUGACAAUGGGUUUCGGCGCCACACUGGUAGGCGCAGGAACGCUCAUGGCCAUUGGCGGCGCGAAUCCCAGAGUUUUCGAAGCGUCGAAUUUGUUGUCGGGAUACAUCGGCAACAGUCCCGCCGCUGCGUACGGCAUCUUACGACUCUUUUGGUCGAUGUAUGUCUGGCGGCGUUCGAGUCGGCAUCAAAGUGCAGCGCGUCGGCAAGCAGUUCGGCCAGGUGCGGCGUUCUUCCGCCGGUACACCCGUGUCAAGGUCUAUGCUUUUCUCGCAGGACCGACUUCUCUGGUCGCCGGCGCAGCGAGUAUGAUCACCGCGACAAGAUGGCAGGGAUACACCGUGCUGGUGCCGUGCAUUAUCUUGUCGUGGGUGUGCAAUUUCUUGUAUCGCAAGGAAAUCGGGUAUACGAGACCUCUUUUUCUGCUGGACGGGCAAUCUGUGUCUGCCCAGGCCGGUCAGGCUGAGGCUGAGAAGGAUCGGGGUCGGGUUGCGUCGAGCGUGUUGAAGGAACGUCUUGAAAUGGAAGAUGCGAGUCGAAAGAGAGAGAGAAAGAGCAGAGCACGCACGUCCCAGCACGCCGAGCAGUCCGAGUCGAAGCUCGAAGACGGAGCCGACUGCAGUGUUCAGGAACUGUCGGCGCACAGAGUCCUUGACCUCCUCACGACUUUUGGGCUUGUCGAAAAAUUCUUCAAACACUUCUUGUCUUCCAGUGGCACCGCCACUGACACAGAAGUCCUGAAAUCAGCGGUUCAGACCUCCUCCUCCAGCAUCACGAUCCAAGACCCUCAACGCCUGCUGUCAAACCUAUUCUCAUCACUACCCAUCCGUUUCAGCAAUACCUUAAGCGCGCCAGAUGACGACGACAAUGACAACGACAACGAAAAGGAGGAUGACCUAAGUCCGGAUCAAAUGCACGUGCAGGCCCUCGAUCUCGCACGCUCAAUACUAUCGUCCCACGGUGCAUUGCAUGCAACGUACCGUCAACGAUAUUUGAUUGAAUUUACGGGGUGUUGGAUACAUCACUUCCAUGGACAAGAGCCCCUGAGGGACACUGAGUAGGAGCGUCAAAGUUUGCAAGGACAAGAGAAAAAAGAAGAAAACUUAGACGUAGAUCUUCGUAUUAAUAUUCUUAGAUCUGAAAGUCGCCUGGUCACCGAAGUCGAAUCUUUAUGUCGUAUACCCAAUAAAGUUGUCGACAUGAGCAUAAAACUACCCGUUAUGUUCAACCCGUGAUGCAGAGUGCAAGAUUGAAUGCUCAGCAUCGCCACGAAA